CUGACAUGGGAGGCUCGAAGAAGUGCGAGAUCCUGGCAAGUGAAGCUCUCUCAAAGUACAUACUGGAAACAAAUGCAUAUCCGAGAGAGCUCGAGCAGCUGAAAGAACUCAGAGAGGCCACCGUUCAGAAGUACCAAAUCCGGAGUAUAAUGAAUGUGCCGGCUGAUGAGGGGCAGCUAAUCUCCAUGAUGUUGAAGCUCAUGAAUGCGAAGAAGACGAUCGAGAUCGGAGUCUUCACCGGCUAUUCUCUCCUCACCACCGCGCUUGCACUUCCGGCCGACGGCAAGAUAAUAGCGAUAGAUCGGGACAAGGAGGCCUACGAAACGGGCUUGCCAUUUAUUCGCAAAGCCGGAGUGGACCAUAAGAUCAACUUCAUCCAAUCGGAUGCCUUCUUAGUUCUCAACGACCUCGUCGCAGACGGCCAAGAAGAGGGGACCUAUGAUUUUGCUUUUGUGGAUUGCAAGAAGGACGACUACAUCAAAUACCACGAGCUAGUGCUCAAGCUGGUGAAGGUCGGAGGAGUGAUCGGGUACGACGACACUCUGUGGUUCGGUGCGGUCGCGUUCUCUGAAGACGAUGAGAUGGUGGACCGCCUGAGGGUCGGGAGAGGCCACCUCAGGGAGUUCAAUAGCUUCUUGGCAAACGAUCCGCGCAUCGAGUGCUGUCUUCUUACCGUCGGAGAUGGCCUCACGCUCUGCAGGCGCCUCUAUUAGAAGCCGCCUUCGCAUUGUGCCGGUCCGAUCCGAUUCCCAUGGAAAACGGUCCGAAAAUAGGAGGCCACGAGGGAGAAUUUCAUACCUGAUUUGUUCCCGAGAGUUACUUGGGAAGUAGCAAAAAGUUCCACUGUAUUUGUAAUCGACCGACUUUUCAAUUAUGUGAGAAUAAAUCCCGAGGAUGUCCAAA